AUGGCCAGCAAUGUUACCAACAAGACGGAUCCUCGCUCCAUGAACUCCCGUGUAUUCACUGGGAAUCUCAACACUCUUGUGGUCAAGGAGUCUGAUGUGGAAGCAAUCUUCUUGAAGGAUGGCAAAAUUGUGGGUUGCUCUGUUCAUAAGGGCUUUGCCUUCGUUCAGUAUGUUAAUGAGAGGAAUGCCCGGGCUACUGUGGCAGGAGAGGAUGGCAGGAUGAUUGCUGGCCAGGUUUUAGAUAUUAAUCUGGCUGCAGAGCCAAAAGUGAACCGAGGAAAAGCAGGUGUGAAACGAUCUGCAGCGGAGAUGUACGGGUCAGUACCAGAACACCCUUCCGUCCCCUCUACUCAGCGAGGAUCGUCAUCCAAGUCUGGAAAGUUGAAAGGAGAUGACAUUCAGGCCAGUAAGAAGGAGUUGACCCAGGUAAAACAAAAAGUGGAUUCCCUUCUGGAAAACCUGGAAAAAAUCAAAAAGGAGCAGAGCAAACAACAGCUGGAGUUGAUCAAGGAUGAUGAAAAAGAGGCUGAGGAAGGAGAGGAUGACAGAGACAGCGCCAAUGGCGAGGAUGACUCUUAAGCACAUAGUGGGGUUUAGAAAUCUCACCCAUUAUUUCUUUACCUAGGCGCUUGUCUAAGAUCAAAAUUUUCCCCAGAUCCUCUCCCUAGUAUCUUCAGCAUGUGCUCACUGUUCUCCCCAUCUUUGUCCUUCCCAUGUCCAUUCAUUCAUACUGCCCUGCGCCUGGGCCCAUUUCACUUCUUUUGAUGCUCCUAGUAGUUUUGUUAAGUCUUACCCUGUAAUUUUGCUUUUAAUUUUGAUACCUUUUUAUGACUUAACAAUAAAAAGGAUGUAUGAUUUUUAUCAACUGUCUCCAAAAUAAUCUCUUGUUACGCAGGGAGUACAGUUCUUUUCAUUUAUGAGUCA